AUGCAAGAGCCUGGCACACGACCAGAUUUUUAUGAUGACCAAAAUAGGUCAUAUAGCUGUCGUACUUAUAUUGUUAUCGAAAGUUAUUUAGAAAGAAUUGUUUUAGUUUUCAGAAGUGAACGAGCAGUGGGAAUCCUGAUUUAUACAACUGAUGAGUUUAUGUAUGUCUUUAUUAAAUUGAAAAAAAUCUCUCUUCUUGAUUCACAUACAAGCAAGAAAGUUUUGCCUGUAUUUAUCAGGUAAGAUGCAAGAGACCUGGCACACGACCAGCUUUUUAAGAUGACUAAAAUAGGUCAUAUAGCUGUCGUACUUAUAUAUUGUUAUCGAAAGUUAUUUAGAAAGAAUUGUUUUAGUUUUCAGAAGUGAACGAGCAGUGAGAAUCCUGAUUUAUACAAUGAGUUUAUGUAUGUCUUUAUUAAAUCGAAAAAAAUCUCUCUUCUUGAUUUACAUACCAGGCAGCAAGAAAGUUUUGCCUGUAUUUAUCAGGUAAGAUGCAAGAGACCUGGCACACGACCAGGUUUUUAUGAUGACCAAAAUAGGUCAUAUAGCUGUCCCAGCCUAGUCUCGGUUCUGAAGCAAGCGCGAGAAAAAACGUGGAUGUAGUACGAGACUGGGACCUAGGUGUGACGUCACCGCUAAAGGUGCUUCAGAACGCCUAGCAGAUUUCAGUAUUGUUAAUAUGGCGGAAAAUUUAUAUAUACAAGUAACUUUUUAUUAUAAAUACGACAAUGUUCGUUGAUCAUAUACAUGUUCGAUGUCUACAUAACCAAAUUCAAACUGUAUUAAAAAUGUGCUCAACUAAAAAAAAUUAUAUACAAAUUUACGAUACCGAGUCUGAGCUGGCCAUCUUGAUGUUAUUUAUAUACUCGCAAGUUGUGAUCAACACUAGACCAUACUGGUAUACACAAGUACGCUUUCUACUUGACCGGUUUGAAUUGCUGAGGAGAUUGGAAAUAUUUGCCUAACAUGACUGUGUUGUCAAAACAUUUUUAGUCGGAGACUCGGCAUAAUUUUCAAGCUUCUAGAUAGCAUUUAAUAUGGCUAUAUAUUUUAGUAAACACGAGUCAUAUUUAGCCCGUUAUUCCAUUCUGACCGUAUGGCAGCGAAACGUAGCCUAUUUCAUUGUUCCGACAGCAUUAGAGCAAAACUAAUGACUUAAUUAUAAAUGCAAAGGAAAUUUCCAUAAUAUUUUCCAUUUACCAAUGAGGUAUGCUUGGUAACCAGGCCAGGUUAAGACUUAUUUAAAUACAUCAAAGCAGCGAAUAGAGACAGAGCCUGGGACUAGGCUGUAGCUGUCGUACUUAUAUUAAAUUGUUAUCGAAAGUUAUUUAGAAAGAAUUGUUUUAAUUUCCAGAAGUGAACGAGCAGUGUGAAUCCUGAUUUAUACAACUGAUGAGUUCAUGUAUGUCUUUAUUAAAUCGAAAAAAAUCUCUCUUCUUGAUUCACAUACAAGCAAGAAAGUUUUGCCCGUAUUUAUCAGGUAAGAUGCAAGAGACCUGGCACGCGACCAGCUUUUCAAGAUGACCAUGCAAAAUAGGUCAUAUAGCUGUCCUACUUAUAUUGUUAUCGAAACUAGUUAUUUAGAAAGAAUUGUUUUAGUUUUCAGAAGUGAACGAGAGGUGGGAAUCCUGAUAUAUAUAUAUAUAUAUAUAUAUAUAUAUAUAUAUAUAUAUAUAUAUAUAUAUAUAUAUAUAUAUAUAUAUAUAUAUAUAUAUAUAUAUAUAUAUAUAUAUAUAUAUAUAUAUAUAUAUAUAUAUAUAUAUAUAUAAUGAGUUUAUGUAUGAAACAAUCUCUCUUCUUGAUUUACACUCAAGUAGAUUAAUAUCUGGGUCUAGCUUAAAAUUACCAUUAAAACACUUAAAUGGCCAUCCUGAGCUUGACACUUAAACAUUCCGGGUUUGCAUGGCAACAUGUCACGUGACAUUUUUGGUGAUUUUAAAGGAAAAUAUCGGAAAAUAUUAACCGAGUCAAAAUCCUAGGCUCGAUUACUAGCCGGCAUUCGAGGAAGCUCCCCUGAAGGGCCCAACUUGAGGCAACGGCUGGUAUAUAAUCGACUGCAUUCGAGCCGAGUCAAAUCCGCGAGCCCGAGUCAAAUGUCCGAAUCACUGUUUAGCGGUCUUUGACUUUGUAGUGCAAUGACUUAGUACCCUAACCCUAUUCGAUUGUGAAUUUUAUUCAUUUUCGUCCUUUUUUACGUGACUCGGACGUUUGACUCGGAUUUGACUUCGUAAAUGAAUUUACUCCUGUGUCAGGGUUUGGCAAAGUCGCGCACAGCAAGAGCGCACACAAUGAGCAAGAAAAUCUUAAAACCUCUAAAUCUCCCAUAUGCCAUGCACGAAAGUAAAAGUGAGCCAAAAUCUGCCAGUUUAAAAACAAAGAAUGCUGGUACUAUAUCAGGUCUAUUCAUGGUAGUUUUACAGUAAAGAGUUUCGGAAAAUAGGAAGGAAACCUAUGGCAUGGAUUGGCCGGAACAUGCGGUGUGUCAUUCCAGACCUCACACUCAUAUUAUUAAACUUUCCCCUCACUAGAAGUGAGGGGGAAGUUUAAUAAUAUGAGUGUGAGAUGUCGAAUGACAUGAUAAUAUGACAAUAAUAAUAUGAGUGUGAGGUGUGGAAUGAAUGUGCAAUGAAUUUUGGAUUUAUCCUACUCUGCACUUUCUUGGAAGUUGACUUGGUUUUUUUUUCGUGCAACGUCUUUGGAAAUGCAAUAUUUGGAUCGCUGAAUUUUUCGAAUUUUAUACGUUUGUAAACAAUAUUGUCUCCGCAUGCUCAGAGACCAUGUGCAUUUAUGGAUAACGUUUGUAUUUGUGAGUAAUACUUGUGUUUCAUUAGGCAUUACGACAUCUCCUGAGGAUCACGCCACGCUUUUAGCCUUGGCACCGUUUCACGCUUUGCGUUUGCGGUUCCGCAUAUUUUGUACUCCGUAGGCGUUCUACCCAUUAGACGUUGAAAGUAUAUUUAACGCCUGGCUUGAAAGUAUAUUUAACGCAGCGAUUGCUUCCGAGCAUUCAUAUGGAACUGAACUCGUGAAGUGAUUGAAGUAAACGUGAACAAGGAACUAUACAUUGAAACUACCCGUCAUAUUUAUAGCGUGAGUAACGAAAGUAAAAAUGAAUGUUGCAAAUGCAAAGAACUAACAGAGAAGGUAGUUGCUGGUGCGAAAGAUAAUGAGAAACUGGCAAAAAUGAUAAGAAAUUUGAGGCAAGAAAAUGAGAGUACGGGUACUACCGGGGACGAUAAGGGAUAUAAGGAAAAAUUUCAAGCUCUGGUUGAAAUAAACCAUUGCUGCAAGAAAGACUACGAAGAACUUCAAAUGCGAUAUGAAAUGCUUAAAGGCGAGAAGCGACUACUUGAAGACGAGGAAAAGGAGUUAAAAUUACGUAUAUCUGAGCUGGAAAAACGACAGGGACCUUUAGAAAGCGAGCUAGCCAGACUAGUCAGCAAUAGCGGACCUUCGGAAGAGCAAUGUGAGAUCCUGAAGUCUCAGAUAAUCGUUUACAAAGAGGAUUUUGAAAGGGAGAGCAACGAUCGGGAGAAAUUACAUGAAGAGAAGGAAAAAUAUAAACAUAAACUGGAGAAUUCUGAGGAAAUUAUCAGAAAGUUAACUGCGGAACUUGAUGUUUGCAAAGCCCGGGAAGAAUCUGAGAACGGGUACCUCAGUGAGAGAGUUGCCACUCUCCCUCGGUACCAGGUGCACUAUACCCAGUACCCAUAUCAACCUGUUGAUCAGAGGUGGAGAAUGGAACAACAAAGAAGAGCAAACCUACCCCGGAAUCCCUCAACAACGUCAUUAUUUUACGGAGGAGAUGUUGAAGUUAAUGUAUUAAGUCUUAUCGUUCUCGCGGUCUAACGAGGCUUUUCAUAUUAUUUCACGCAAUCUGGCGAUUUCUCCAUCUUCCUCGUGCAACAUUUUUGACGGUUGUAUGUUAACAUUGUCCAUAUUAACUUUUGAUCUUGAUAAUAAUAUCUUUAUGAUCCUUUAUCAUAGCUGUAUAAAAAAUAGAACGGCCGUAACAUUUUUCGAGACAGUUCAAGACUCAACUAGUUCUUCUUACAUACUUAGUUAAAACUACGUAUAUCUGAGCUGGAAAAACGACAGGGACCUUUAGAAAGCGAGCUAGCCAGACUAGUCAGCAAUGGCGGACCUUCGGAAGAGCAAUGUGAGAUCCUGAAGUCUCAGAUAAUCGUUUACAAAGAGGAUUUUGAAAGGGAGAGAAACGAUCGGGAGAAAUUACAUGAAAAGAAGGAAAAAUAUAAACAUAAACUGGAGAAUUCUGAGGAAAUUAUCAGAAAGUUAACUGCAGAACUUGAUGUUUGCAAAGCCCGAGAAGAAUCUGAGAAUGGGUACCUCAGUGAGAGAGUUGCCACUCCCUCUCGGUACCAGGUGCACUAUACCCAGUACCCAUAUCAACCUGUUGAUCAGAAGUGGAGAAUGGAACAACAAAGAAGAGCAAACCUCCCCCGGAAUCCCUCAACAACGUCAUUAUUUUACGGAGGAGAUGUUGAAGUUAAUGUAUUAAGUCUUAUCGUUCUCGCGGUCUAG